CAACAACAACAACACAUGUGAGUGAAGCUGCUGAAGAGUCGCGAUGUUUUCUGGUUUAAAAGAUAAAGUUGGGGACGUUUUGUUACCGGGAGAUGAGUUCUCCUUCGACACCGACGACGUCAUCUCUCUAACGGAUCACGCUAAACCGGAGAAGGUGGUGUGCGGCCCGGGUCUGAGGCGGAGCGGUGACCGGCUGGUGGUGUCUAAAAGCGGGGUCCUCCGACACAAACAGCCCAACAUGUUCUGGAUCGAUUCACAACAGAGGAGGUAUGUCCCAGCUAAAGGAGAAACUGUCAUCGGCAUUGUGACGGCAAAAUCAGGAGACGUCUUCAAGGUGGACUUUGGGGGCAGUGAGCAGGCGUCUCUGUCCUACCUGGCGUUUGAGGGAGCCACCAAGAGGAACCGACCCAACGUCCAGGUGGGGGACCUGUUGUUCGCUCAGUUCAUCAUAGCCAAUAAGGACAUGGAGCCGGAGCUGGUGUGUAUAGACAGCUCAGGACGAGCCAACGGGAUGGGAGUGUUUGGAGCAGGAGGUCUGCUCUUUACAGUCUCUCUGGGACUCGUCAGAAGGCUGCUGGCCCCUCACAGUGAGAUCCUGUCGGACCUGCAGCAGCUGUUCCCCUGUGAGCUGGUGGUCGGGAUGAACGGUCGUCUGUGGGUGAAGUCCUCCAGCAUUCAGCAGACGCUCAUCAUCUCCAACCUGCUGCAGAGCUGUGACACCAUGACGGCCCAGCAGAGACAGCAGCUGUUCAGGAGGGUGGCACAGGGGGCGCUGUAGACCACAUCAGACCACAUCAGACCACAUACCACUCCUGCAGCUCACCUGGUGCUGCAGGAUGAAGCAGGUGAGCAGUGUUCAGGGGGAUCAGAUGUGUCUCUUACCGGAGGAAGUCCUGCAGCUGCUGGUUAAACAAACUGUUUCUUCUCCAGCUUAAAGGAACAUUCCACUGAAUUUUAAAUCACAGCUGAAACAUACAGAAACAUGUUGUUGUGUUUUUAGAAACCAGCUGCAGUUUGACGCAGGCUCAUGGACUGUACAGAGUUAUUAUUUUUGCAGCCAAAUGUACUUUUACAUGGUUUAUAUUUGUACUAAAAGUUCAGACUGAUUUAUUUGUAUUUUUAUGAAAAUCAAAAAUGCAACCAAACUAUAAACUACAAAACAAACUGUUAA